AUGGAACAAUCCAGUAGUAGUACACUAGUGAAAGCUUUGUUGAAGAACAAGAAGAAUCCGAGACUAGCAUGGAGACUGUACAAGAGGAUCUUCUCUUCUCCUUCACAAGAGAGCCACGUCACAUCUCUAUCCGCAUCACCCACCAUCGCUCGUAUCCUCGUCCAAGCCCGAAUGCAAGAAGAGAUGGACGAGCUUCACAGUCUAAUCCUCUCCUCGUCACUCCAAAACGCGAAAGCUUCACCCUUACUCUCCGUCGUAUCAAUCUUCGCGAAAUCAAAUCACAUCGACAAGGCGUUCUCUCAAUUCCAGUUCGUCCGGUCGCGUUUCCCUGAGAAGGGUCCCGGAAUCUAUUUGUACAACGUGUUGCUUGAAGGUUGCAUCAAAGAGAGGCGUGUAGAUUUCGUUUCGUGGUUGUAUAAGGAUAUGGUGCUCUCUCGGAUUGCUCCACACACUUAUACCUUCAAUUUAUUCAUCCGUGCUUUGUGUGAUUCAAGUUGUGUUGACGCUGCACGUGAGUUGUUCGACGAAAUGCCUGAGAAAGGUUGUAACCCAAAUGAGUUUACUUUCGGGAUCUUGGUUCGUGGGUAUUGUAGAGUUGGCAUGCCUGAUAAAGGACUUGAGUUGUUGAAUUUAAUGGAGGGUUUUGGGGUUUCGCCUAAUAAAGUCGUGUAUAAUACCAUUGUUUCAAGUUUCUGUACACGAGGUAGGAACGAUGAUUCUGAGAAGCUAGUGGAGAAGAUGCGAGGGGAAGGUUUGGUUCCUGACAUUGUAACUUUUAAUGCUAGGAUAUCGGCGCUUUGUAAGGAAGGAAAAGUUCUUGACGCCUCUAGGAUUUUCAGGGAUAUGGAGCUAGAUGAGUUUCUGGGUCUUCCUCGUCCAAAUAGGAUAACGUACAACUUGAUGCUGAAAGGAUUCUGCAAGGUAGGGAUGCUGGAGGAAGCUAAGACCCUCUUUGAGUUGAUUAGAGAAAAUUAUGAUCUUUGUGGUUUGCCGAGUUACAAUAUUUGGUUGCAGGGAUUGGUCAGACAUGGGAAGUUUAUAGAGGCUGAAACAGUCCUUAAGCAGAUGAUUGAUAAGGGAAUAUGGCCAAGCAUAUACUCUUAUAAUAUUUUGAUGGAUGGAUUAUGCAAAUUGGGCAUGCUAUCUGAUGCAAAUGCUAUCGUUGGCUUAAUGAAAAGAAAUGGUGUCUCCCCAGAUUCGGUAACUUAUGCAUGUCUUCUACAUGGUUAUUGCAGUGUUGGGAAAGUCGACGCAGCUAAAAGCCUAUUGCAGGAGAUGAUGAGGAAUAAUUGCUUACCAAAUGCUUAUACUUGUAAUAUUUUGCUUCAUAGGCUUUGGAAGAUGGGGAGAAUGUCUGAAGCAGAAGAGUUGCUGCGAAAGAUGAAUGAAAAAGGUUAUGGUCUAGAUACUGUUACUUGUAACAUUAUAGUUGAUGGGCUCUGUGGAAGUGGCGAAUUAGAUAAAGCUAUUGCGAUUGUUAAGGGAAUGCGGGUGCAUGGAAGUGCUGCUCUUGGUAGAUUAGGAAAUUCAUAUGUUGGGCUGGUGGAUGACAGCAUGAACGAGAACAAUUGCUUGCCUGACCUGAUCACGUAUUCAACCUUACUUAAUGGUUUCUGCAAAGCCGGAAGGUUCGCUGAAGCAAAGAAGUUGUUUUCUGAGAUGAUGGCACAGAAACUCCAACCGGACUCUGUGGCAUACAACAUUUUCAUCCAUCAUUUCUGCAAACAGGGGAAAAUAUCAUCUGCAUUUCGCGUUCUCAAAGACAUGGAGAAGAAAGGUUGUCAUAAGAGUCUAGAGACUUACAACUCACUGAUCCUGGGCUUAGGCAUACAAAAUCAGAUAUUUGAAAUUCACGGAUUGAUGGAUGAUAUGAAAGAAAAAGGCAUUUCUCCUAAUAUCUGCACCUACAAUACUGCAAUUAAGUAUCUUUGUGAGGGAGAAAAAGUUGAAGAUGCAACUACCCUCUUAGACGAAAUGAUGCAGAAAAACGUAACCCCAAAUGUCUUUUCCUUCAAAUAUUUAAUAGGAGCGUUCUGUAAGGUCCCGGACUUUGAUAUGGCUCAAGAAGUUUUCGAGACUGCUGUAAGUAUCUGUGGACAAAAGGAAGUCCUUUACAGCUUGAUGUUCAAUGAGUUGCUUGCUGCAAGGCAACUCUUAAAGGCCACAGAGUUGCUUGAAACUGUUUUAGAUAGAGGUUUUGAGUUGGGGGAUUUUCUAUAUAGAGAUCUUGUUGAGAGCUUAUGUAAGAAGGAUGAGCUAGAAGUAGCUAGUGGAAUUUUGCGUAGGAUGAUAGAUAAAGGAUACGGGUUUGACCCUGCUGCAUUGAUGCCUGUGAUAGAUGGCUUGGGUAAGAUGGGAAAUAAGAAAGAGGCAAAUGAAUUUGCUGAGAAGAUGAUGGAAAUGGCUUCAGUUGGUAAAGUAGCAAACAAAGUCGAUCCAAAUGCGAGGGAUUUGCACCAGAAAAAGCAAAAUAAAUACGGUGGAAAUAACUGGCAGAAUAUAUUGCACAGAGAUGACGGAAGUGGAAUUGCACUAAAAUCUCUGACAAGGGUGAAAAAAGGAUGGGGUCAGGGGGAUACAUCAAGCUUUCAGCCUCCGAGAGUUGAUUACUUAGAUUACUGGGAGGACGAUGUUUAGAGAUAUUGCAUGAAUCUGUCUUCUAUAUGAUUGGAAAGUUCAGAUGACGGUCAAGCUCAAAUUUCAGGUGCAGCUCAUCAAGGAUGCAAAGACGAGUUUUAGUUGACAGGUACACAGCUAAAGCCAGUAGAAGCAGGCAAGAUGAUAGAUUUGGACACAGAUAUGAUGUAAGAAAGACGUUUUCAAGGGUACUAAAAGUAAAUAUUGCAUCACAGAAAGUUGCCAGACCAAGCUGGUGGAGAAAAUGAGGAGAAGAGCCGCCCACUUUCAUAUUGAAUUUGAAGCCAACUUUGAAUUUCGGGUCAGAGGAACACAACCUACCUAAUUGGAAAAAUAUGUGAGGCUGCUACUAUUCUUGUGCUUUUUUAACAAUAGGUGGUACAAUAGGUGGUACAAAGCGACUAAGUAUGUUUUAACAAAAGAUCAUUUAAAAGUGGGUAGAUCAUAUUCAACAUAGUGAACUGCAUAUUCUACAAUCAUGUUACAUUCUUUUCAUGUUCCUCGGCUAUGAUCAACGAAAUCAAGGAUUAGAUAGUAAUACAACGAUCCUGAAACUAGAGAUUAAAUAAGUGAAAACACACAUAAUAAUUCACUCUGUAGUUGCUGAGCUUAUUAGACAAGAUAAACAAUGAUUGUACAGGCAUAAAAUACAAGUUUCUGUAUGCAACGCCUAUACACAAAAAUCUGCAGGCAAUGCAGGAAGUUACUACUGGCUACUGCCACUUGCAAAAUGGUCUUCAGGGCACUGGAAAUAUGUUUGCACAUGGAGAUUUCUAAACAGCUAGUAGAUUAGCACCAUCUUUCUGGGGCUUUGUAUGUUACAAACCUUGCUUCGAUUGUUUAUUAGGAUGGACAAGAGCUACCAAAAGAACCUCCCAGUUUAACUUGAAAAGGGUCGUGCAAACUUAUUUUAAUUGUUUGGCUCUG